AAACCACUCGCUCACUCACUCACUCACCCACCACGGCCGAGGCAGCGAGGAAUUAGUGCUCUUCUCUUCCCUCCUCCUCCUCUCUACUUUGGAUCCGGUAAUCGCUCAGUACCAUCGCCCUUCUCUCUUAUCUUGCUCCUCUUAUCAUCGAGACUUAUCAUCAUCCUCACCCCUCCUGCCCGCCCACUACUCUGCAACAGCAGCAGGAAGAAGGCGCACUUACCCACCGAUUGUGAUUUCACUACUUCGACUUCUUCUCAAAAAUGCCAUCAGCAAACUUGCAAGCUGAAAAGCUUGCGGAAAAGCCUAAUGACUUGGAUUACGUUAACCAACCUAUGAAGCCUGCAAUGACGAUCGUUGAACACAAAAUCCGGAACCUGGAAAAAAGAAAGGCGAAGUUGGAUUAUUACAAAGCCAAACAGGAUUCGGGAGAAGUACUCAAUGCAGAUCAGUUAGUUGCAGCUGCCAAGUACGAUGAAGUGGUUCAGCAGUUAGAACUCUCUAAGGAUUUAAUGAAACAAAUCACCCAAGCCAAUGAUGAUACGAGGAAGGAGAUUAAGAAACAUCGAAAGGCUGAACUUGCUGAAAGAGCGGUGCAAGAGACUGAGAAACUACGAAUGCUGUUCCUUUUUCAUUUGGUUGUCAAAGACUUGGAGAACUGUGACUUGAGUAACGAAACUGAUGACACCGCUGAUCUCAACAAUGCCGUCCUCGUCAUUAAGAAACACGAGUUUGUUCGCUACUCGGAACUUUUGAAACUUCACGACCCCAACUUUCAGGCCACAGUGGAGAUGUUGGCAACAAACUGGUCGCAAGUAUUGGAUGGAAGUAAAAAGUCUGUGGGCGCUCAAUCUGGAAAGGACCGCACGACUUUUAAAAAUAUUCGAGAUAAUCUGCUCACUGUUGCCAAUUCGGAGUUUUUUGCUAAUCGACAACGCAAGGAGCCGGUGGUUGAGGAAGAGGAGCAAUUGCAACAAGACGUUAUUGGGGAAGCUCCCAUUUCCGAAUCUGAGUCCAUUCCGUCCUUAGCCCAAAACAUUGAAAACUCGGCCUCCACACCCCAACAAGAAGAGACUCCUCGAGUGGAACAAGUCAUCCCGACGCCGCCAGUGGCCCAGCAACAACCACUUACUGUUUGCCAAAUGAUGGAUUCGACCUACAGUUUUUUGCAGGAGUCUCAGAUUGACUUGGAAUCGCCACAUUUCGACCCAGCCGUCGUAGCCGUCUCAUCAUGCCUUCCUGGACCAAUAAGUGCGCACAUUGAUCAUCGUCAGCAACCAAUUAGGGACGGUUACACUACUUCUUCGGCUUCUGUUCCACCGUACCAGCAACUGACGUUGUCUAUGUCAAAUGGAAUGAAUGAGGGCACAUCAGAAGACUACUGUAAUAAGCCGAUGCCCUUGAUUGAUGAUAAGCUAAAAAUCACUGAGUGGAAUUCCUCCGAGUCAAAACUCGUUGAAGGAAACCCCAGUGACGACAAUGAACUAGGGAUUUUUUCCCAAACUCCGUAUAGGGAUAUUCCCAGUUAUUUGUUGAGUUGCGUUGAGCCGUACCGUAACCCGUAUUUAUUCUCGCCGCAACAUAGUUUGUACUCUUCACAAGACAGCUUGUUUUUGGGCGGGACUCAACAGUAUGGAAUGAAUAAUAAUAAUAAUAACAACAACAACAACAACCGAGCAGGACGGGGGGCCCGAGGAAAUUUCCGUCGUGGAUCCUCUAAUGGCUUCAUUCCUCGGGGUAGUUCCCGAGGACGAGGGGGAUUUUCUGGGAACCGCAUUGGAUAUUUCCGCAGCGAUCAACAGCAUCAAGACUAUGGCUUUGAAAACCCCCGAGACUUCCGAAUUGGAGGCGGGUAUGGCAAUACUGAUCGGAGCAACUCUGCCGAACGGAACGGAAUAGGUUACGGGAUCAGUGGUAAUGGAUUUGUCAACUCAGGGGGUGAGAGAGUUGGGAACGUUUACGACCGGAGCGGGAAUGGAUUCAAUAACAGUGAUCCUUUCUACAACAACGGUCGUGGGGGCUAUCGUGGGCGUAAUGUUUCAUCUCAAGGAAACAACGGCAAUGGAAAUAACUAUGGUGGUGGUGGUGGAGGCUACCGUGGGGCUGUUCGUGGAAACAAGGCCUCGUCUCCUCGUUCUAGUGAAAAUGGUCUCAUGGCCAAAUGCUAUUAAUGUCAUCAUCUCGGUUAACAAAUCUUGCUUUUUAUACCAAACUAUGUUAGGUAACUGUAACGGGACCCCGCUAUUAGUAAAUUUAAGGUCAGUAUGAGUCAUACAGAAUGAAUGUGAAUUAAGAGCGAGUAUUGUUAUCCAUUUCUUACUAGCGAUGUCAGCAACGAAACGUUUUCAAUAAAGAAUUUUUCAUACAGCAUAA